AUGUUUAUCGCCGACCUAAGGAAAGAUUUCUACCAGCAGCUGAUCGGCAAGCGGAUUCUGGUGCUGGUGAACUACGAUCUCGACGCUAUCUGUGCGAGCAAGAUUUUGCAGGCACUGUUCCGCUGUGACAAUGUGAUCUAUUCGAUCGUACCGAUCAUGGGGCUUACGGGGAUGAGGCGAGCCUACAACGAGCAUAAGGGCGACGUACGGUACGUGCUGCUGGUGAAUUGUGGUGGAUGCAUCGAUAUCGUGGACGUGCUGCAGCCGGAACAGGACGUCGUGUUUUUUAUCUGCGAUGCGCACCGACCGUAUGAUGUGUGCAAUGUGUAUAGCGAUGGUCAGGUUCGUAUUCUGGGUGAGAUGAACAGCAGCGAAAACAUACCCGCCUUCGAUGAUAUCUUUCAAGAUUCGGACAAUGAAAGUAACGAUGAGGAUGAUGCCGGUUACGAUGACGACAAUGCUGGCAGUGAUAGUGAUGAAGGAACAACAGCCGACAGCAAAGGAAACAAUCGUAUCCAACGCAUCGAGCAACGGUUGCUACGUCGCCGGGCGCGUAAAGCAUGGCAAGAGCGACGGAUAACGUUGAUGUUCGAAUACUCCCAGUACGCGUACUACGGUUCAAGCUCAGCGCUCAGCAUAUUUGAGUUGGCGUGGCGCAUGUCGAAGGAUUCACUCGAUCUACUCUGGUGGGCGAUCGUCGGCGUGACGGAGCAAAAGUUGCUCGGCAAGGUCGAAAGCUCCUCGUACACGCUGCUGAUCGAAAGGCUUCAAUCGCACGUAUCACGCCUAACGAACAAAGAGAGCGAUCAAGCCAUCCAGACAUCGGUUAAGAUCGUGUUCGAGAGUGAUCUUCAGCUGGCCCUGUUUCGGCACUGGAGUGUGCUGGAUUCGCUGCGCUACUCGUACUAUCCCGCCUGCCGGCUAAAACUGUGGACGCACAAGGGUGACAAGCAGAUGAACGAGCUGCUGGUGGACAUGGGACUGCCACUGGUACAGGCCAAGCAAACGUUCAACGCGAUGGAUCUGGUGCUGCGCAAAGAGUUUUACGAGAAGAUAGAAAAGUUCGCCCCGAAGUACAACAUGCCGGACGUGACGUACGCUUCGUUCGUGCUGCAGUAUGGCUACCGUAACCGAUACUCUGCAGCGGAUUACGUUUACUCGAUGCUGGCCAUACUGGAAUCGGUACGGCAGGAUCGGUUACCAGAAGCUUGCUUCCUACAGUCAAUGGAUGCACUGUCACGAGCGAAAAAAUCCAUUCUCGACGAGGGUAUCGAAAUGUGCAAAACACUUCUCACGACCAUUUUCAAGCAGGUGCAAACGUGCCUGGAAAUGCAUCAGAUACGCUCGGCCGGUCCAUUCCUGUAUCUGGUGCUGCAGGAGGAAGUGUCAUUCUUUAGCUGCCCGUACGGGUUGAUGUUGCUGGCAAGGUUUUUGCUACGCGCACACGUUGCCGUAUCGCGCAACCGACGGGCCCAGGAAUUGCCCCUGAUUGCCGUCGCACCAAUCGAUCUGCAGAGUGGUAUCUCGUUGCUGGCCGGUGUGCCACCCGCCUGUGAAGACAGUCGACACUUUUUCGCGAAAGCGUUCGAAGAGGCAGGCAACCGUAGUGGAGCGAUAAUCUCGCAAGACUUUUUCGAAACGGCCGUCAUACAGAUCAAGCAAUCCGACUGUACGAAAUUUCUCGAUGCGCUCACCGUUAUGCUGAGCUGA